CGAGCGCAAGCCGUCACGUGAGCUCCUUCGCGUCACCAUCAGCGCUCGCGCCCCUCACUCUGCGUCUAUCACGUGAUCUCUCUCUGGACCCGCCUCCUCCUACGUGACCUGACGCCAUGGUUGCAGUGACUGCAGUUGAUGCAACUAAAAUGGCAGACGACUGCAUUGCAUGUAUAAUCAAAACUCCAGUGGCACUACAGAGUGGGGAUUUGAAAACAGAUUCUGCAAAGCCUGGCGUGUUUGUAAUUGAGGUGACCUUUCCAAAGGAGAGAAUCACAAAUGUUAGGAAAAUCACAUUUAAGAAUUAUUAUACAGCUUUCUUAACAAUACGCCUUCAACAACGAGUGUCCGCAGAGUCUGACAAAACUCUGUUGAAGUGGAAGACUUGCUUGCGUGACAUGUGCCUGAUGCCCAAUCCUCACACUGAGAAUGGAUCACAAGAUUAUUUUUCUAUCUACAGACAUCAGUUGCUAUUUGAACCAAAUGAUGUAGUGACAGUGCGACUGAUCCUGCGACAGCCUUCUCCUGUCUGGCUGAAUUUUACAUUGGAAGAUAUCAAAGUAUAUGAGUGCAAUCACAACAAGGAUAAAGAACAGGGACCCUGGCUUUCUAAGCUCACUCCUCUGGAGCAACCUUUGAACUUAAGUGAUGGAUUACCAGAUCUAGACAUGGUAGCUUCUAGUGUGCAGCAGAUGUGGGUGUUAACCGAAAUGGUCCAGAAGAAUCCAACGACUGCCCGUGUGGGACGCUUUGAUGUGGAUGGUUCCUAUGAUGUCAACAUGCUAUCCUACAUAUGAGUAGUUCUUCAAGCUGUGUUGUUCCCUCUGGGAGGAUCAGAGCAUUCAAAGCACUUUGUUUUGUGACUGCAUGCAGGUCUGAAUGCCAAGUUAUUGAUGCCUCAACUGAAAAUAUGACUGAAACAUGAACUGGUUUUCUGCUUUUUGUCUCACUGGAACUGAUUUCAUUUCACACUACUGCUGUAUUAACUGCACUAUUGUAUGUAGAAAGUUAAUAAAUGUAUUAUUGUAAUUGUGUGCUGUAAUAGAUAGAAGCAUUAUUAAGAUUUGUAAUUUUUUCCAUUUUGAUUGGAUCUGAUUGCUAGAGCCAGACAUGUUUUUCUCAAUUACAGAUUUAAUUAUGAAAAUAAACUCUUCAAAACCA